AUGCAGAACAGUACCAAGGACCAGGGUGUCCAUCGUCGUAGGGCGCUGGAGAAGUGGACCCAGCAGGGGGCGGCAGAGAGACAGGAGUGGUCCGCGGAGGAGCCCAGCUCCGAGCCCAGCCGCGCGAACCCACCGAGCCCGCGCUCAGAAGCCCGGUCUCCCACCGACAGGCCGCUCGGCUCGGAAGGCUGCUGGGUCCUUCCUCUCCCUCAAGUGCAGGCAGAGCCCUCUGGAGCCAUGGCCAGCCCUUCCAGCAGCCCCGAGGACACGGGCAAGCUCAGAGGCAGGGAUGGCCGGCAGAGGCGGGAGGCGGAGGACGCCCCUCCGGAGGAGAAGAGGUUGAGGCUGGGGCUGGAAGGAGGAAGCGCCGCGAGCGAGGAAGGGGAAGACGCGCCGCGUCUGGGCAGGGAAGAGACCGGUACCCAGACAGGUGUCGAGGACGGAGGCGAUCUACCGUCCCUACCAUACAGCCUGGUCGAGGGUCAGGACUACACAUCUGAACAUUCAGCCUGCCUCUCCAGUGCCAACAACAGUCCGCACGACUCAGUUUCGGCAAGCCUGGCUUCCAGCAAAACUGAGGAAACUGCUUGGAGAACUCAUGCAAGUGGAACUUACAGCUUCCCUGAUCAGACUCAGCAUUCAAGGUGA